AUGGUUCGCAGCUUGAUCUUGAUCCUGUUCUCAGGUCUGAAGGGUUGCUUCAAAAGCUUCUCGCCACCUCCUGGGCUUGCACUCGAUUUCUCGGUGGAUGCGUCAUGGAGUCCGGAUGACAGCAUCAAAAAUUUCUUUAAGUUCAUCUCUCCUUCAGAAUUUAUUCAUCCCCCUGUCUCUGAAGAGCCCAGCAACGCGAGCUUCGCAGAAAUUACUACUGAUGAAGCUCCACGUCUUGUUGCUGAGCGUGAUCCUCCAGACGAACAACAGGCAGAACAGUUCAAACCUCUAAGAACACUGGCUUAUGCCAGAACUGAGAAGCAUGUUCUUGCUCACAUUAUAAGGAGUGUCUACUCGCACUUCCAAGGACCAGCGUGCCAGAGAAUGGCAAAACGGCUUGAUGGAAUGGUGCGUUUGCUUUUGAGAAACAACUCAAAAGCUAGAGCGCUGGAGCCAAUACUAGUAUUUUCCUUACUCCAAGGAAAUGCGGCCUCUGCUGCCAAGUUCCGCGGCGAAGCGUCGAGCAGUUUGCCAGAAGAACCUCAUUCGGACGGGUUACAGCAUGCUGACUCAUCUCAGAUGCUCAGUGACGCCUUCCCAAGGGGCGGAAUUUAUGACCCGUUUCUUCUCAUAAACUACUUUGACCUUGCUAAAAGUGCGGGUACGCCUCAAAUGAAGAAGCUAAACAGGCUGCUGCAAAAGCCAACUGACACGAGGAAAGUGGGCAACAAGCUUUUUGGCAAUUCUCUCGCGGACCCGGCCAUGCAUAAAAGGAUUGCUGGAGUUGCAGAAGCUGUUGGUGACAAUGCCGAUAUUUUGCGGAGGGUCGUCGAACAGAUCGGCCAGAUAUCCAUAAAUUCAGCGGACGCUAUAUCCAUCCUCAUGCCCCAACUGCCUAACGUUGCUGACCUCGUGCGUGGUGCCUCCUUCUUCGCCUUUGAAAGUGUUUUCAAGCAACAUGGUAAGACAGAAGCUGUCCGCUGCCCUACGCUGGUAGUGCAAGCCAUUAUACCUUACUAA